CUAUUUGGAAGAGUAUUACUGCCGGAGAGCCGUUGGAUGAGGGGGCUUGAGUUUUUUCGGCCCCGUUUGAAACGGCGGUCUUUUUCUUACUCUUCGGGCGCCAGGAAAAGGCCAUGCUCCAUCUAGGGGUGAUGUGAACCAUUCUCGGGGCCAAUCCAUCGAUCCCUAUUUCGCGGACUUGGGACAAACAGCGAGAGGUAAGCGCCUGAAAUGGUCUGAGCCAAGAAGAGCAGGGUUCAAGUAUUCCUGGUAUCGUAUGUAACACCUCGAUUCUAUUACAUGGGAUGUUACAAGCUGUAAGAUGACCUCUCCCGGAGCCUUUCAUCAUUGCAAUUUCCAAGUCUCCCCUCUGUUUAGUCGACAUGUUCUGGAUGUUCUUGCGGCCACGGAACACGUUGGAGGCCCGCUCUGCCGAGGCGCUUUUUGCUCACCGCACGGAACAGACGAUAUGCAGAGAAAGAAAGAAAAAAAAAAGUGUGACUGUCGUGCGCUAGUUGACCUUGGCGCAUUAGCUGGAUUUGAGGCCACGAUCCAACCACGAGCUUCGCUUGUGUGCUCUGUCGACGUCCACUGGCUUCCAUCGCGUGACCCGGCUAUGAUUCUACUCGUUGCCUCGAUCGAACCCUGUUUGCACCGUUUGAUCUUGCUCUUUUCUGCUCUUCUUCCUAUUUUGGAGGGGUCUCGGCUCUUCUCUUCGUCGCAGCGGCGCCAUCCACGCGCCACAGCCGGCAUUCUCAAGUGCCUCGACUUGCAUGCAUUUCAACUUCCGUCCCCCUCUAUGCCGAGUUGGGUUCUCAACGAGUGCAAGGAGACCCUCGGUCGAAGCUGAAGAGGGACCCGGCACCGAAACGUCCGUUUUUCUUCUUCUCUUUCCUUGCGCCGCCAAAGAUGCCGCAAUAGAGAAUCCACUUACCACUUUGGAUCAAAUGCUUAAUUAACUCUCUUAUCGGCAUUUUCUAACCUCCGGCAGCCCGACUUAUCAAUGGACCACCUUACCUAAGUACCUUAUCCAGAGUGCGCAGGAUGCUACCCAACUGUAGACAUAGCAAAUGGCU